GUUUGUGAGGUCCACGGUGCAGAGCGUAUCCAAAGCUCCAACGUCGCCCGUUCUACGUAGCCCUCACCCCAGGAACUUGGGACAAGAAAAGUUUUUUGCUAAACAGGUCGUGCAUGGAUAAGCGUUUAAAGGCCUACAAGAGAGAACAUUUCUUAUUUCCUUAUACUUGUCAUCGUCAUUCAUUUAAAUUCUGAAAUGCGGACUUGAGGCACCCAGAGCCUGGAUUGCGUUCAGUUUUGGGCUACUUUCCGGCUGGUUAUUUUCUCAUACUUGGAUAAGUUUGGAGAACAACGGGUUUACCGAUGUAAAAAGGGAUAUCUGCAACAGGACAGCAAGAGAUAUAAGCACGGGGAGAAACUUUCUUGACGACCAGAGCAGUUGUCACUUGUCAUUUCAGUGAGGAGCAAUUUAAUCUGGACUUUGCUCAUCAUAAAUUUGCUGUCUUCGAACAUCGUUGAAGUUAUGGCGAAGAAAUACGACUUCCUCUUUAAAUUAUUACUCAUAGGAGAUAGUGGAGUUGGGAAAACCUGCCUCAUCAUCCGAUUUGCGGAGGACAAUUUUAAUUCAACCUACAUAUCAACAAUCGGCAUUGACUUUAAAGUAAAGACCAUAGAUGUGGAUGGGAAAAAAGUCAAACUGCAAGUCUGGGACACAGCAGGACAAGAGAGGUUUAAAACCAUAACCACAGCCUACUACAGAGGAGCAAUGGGCAUCAUCUUGGUGUAUGACAUCACUGACGAGAAAUCCUAUGAGAACAUUCAGAACUGGAUGAAGAGCAUCAAAGAGAAUGCAUCAUCAGGGGUGAGCCGCAUGCUGCUGGGCAACAAGUGUGACAUUGAGGCGAAGCGGAAAGUGUCCAAGGAAGUGGGCGGAAAACUGGCAAAGGAUCAUGGGAUUCGGUUCUUUGAGACAAGUGCCAAGUCCAGCAUUAAUGUGGAAGAGUCCUUUCUUUCACUGGCUCGCGACAUUUUGCUGAAGUCAAGCAAGAAACCGGGGCCGACAGGAAGGGAGGUGAAGCUGACAACUCCAGAAGCCAAAACCAAGUCCUCCUCCAAGUGCCUCCUCAUUUAAACGACAGAGGAGAGAGAGGGAGGAAGGGGGUGAAAGACAUAGAAAAGUUGAAGAAUGGAAAAAGAGGAUGAGAGAAAUGAGGGGAAACAGAAUGUGCAGAGAAAGUAAGAGAGUGCUACUGGCCUGGCGAAGUUUUUAAUUGGUUGCUGGUCUUGUUCUACAGCAGAUGGCAUUGUCUAGAGGUUACUGUUAAUAUUUUUUAUGAUUAAUGCUGUAUAACAUUCCAAGUCCAGUCCUUUGAGAAAAACAAUGCUUGCAGUAGGAAUCAGGAAGAGUAUUGGUUUAUAUGUGGAAGGCUGAAAUACAUACAGGCUGCAGUGUAAAUCCGAUGAGCCAUGUUAAUAGUUCUAAUCAGUGAACGAGGGAAAGAAAAAAAGACAUUCCUGCAGACAAACGUAUACGUAUGUCAUCUAAUUCCUCAUGUUUUCACUGCAUUCGUUCUGCUGGAAGCUGUCCACAGGGGUUGCCAGGGGCUCGGUCAAUGCUAACAGUUGUUGACCAAAAUUACAUUGAAACUAAUUAGAUCAGUCCCAAGGAUACUAUAGUGAAACAGAUCCUGUAGUUGGCUGUCUGAGCUAGCCGAUCAGGGGGUAUGUUUAACAGUGUUAGCAGGGAAAUCACACACUCAGACUGAGACGGAGGAGCCAUAUUGCUAGCUCUGUGAAUAAGAUAAUCACUCAACUUUCAAAAACAAACAAAAAAGGUUGUCCAUGCAACUUUUGAUUCGGUACAAUCAAUACCCUAUGAAGCUCAGUAAAUAGUACUGGGAAUACUGGGAAUAGCCAUUUCUCAAGAGAACGUUCCACAUUACAUUUUGCAGCUAAAACAGACCUUUCAGGAAAUAGACUGUCAGCGAGCGGUUAUGUUGGGACUUAUGGAAGUUAGGUAGGGACUUAUGGAAGUGCCUUCAUGAUUCAGCAUGUGGUGCAGUGAGGUUUAGAUGGACAUUUUUGCAUACGUGUACUUUUUUUAUUUGUAAAAAGUUUAGAUCCAAUGGCUGUAUUGCAGUAGAGAUUUGAACACUAGGUUCACACUACAGUGUAGAGGAGUUGGUCUGUGAGUGAAGAGCAUCUUGCUCUUGAACAUGGGGAUUACCAUAACAAUGGACACCCGGUUAAUGAUGCACAUACACACACACACACACACACACAGAGACACACAGAGACACACACACACACACACACACACACACACAC